AUCCAACACGCGCUUAAUGACUAAAGCAACUUUUUCCUGUUCCAACACCACAUAGACCACCAGAUAGACCCUCAGUAGCCACCAGAACAAUCAGCCAACCAACUGUCGGUAUGGAUUAGGUUGACAUAUUCUCCGUGUUGCUCGCUGUCAUCACAAACCUCGCAGACACUAUCACCGAGACAAACAGCCCCCUCCCCCCCAAAUUGAGCACCGAGAAGCAGAGCAGCAGGGCGCAUCAAUAAACAUGGAGGAUCGUCAAGGGCAGUCGCAGCCAUCCGAGGUUUAUUUGCCCGGUGCAGAAAACCGGCGCAAUUCUAUGAGAAGCAGCUAUAGCAUUGUAUCCGAGGUUGAAAUGGCUCGUAGUGAGGUUUAUGAUGGUCCAAUAUCAGAGAGUAUACCAUCAAGCGUUGUCUCAUUCUCUCACCGUCGAGAUCGGAAAGACUCUACCACUAGCUUUACAUAUUUUCACGACGAUGAGGAUCACACAUUGUGGCCACCCGAGGAUGCAUUGGACGUCGAGAGCGACAUGGACGAUGUGUCCGUGAAUGGCUUAAAUGACACAAAUGAAUCGAUACGGUCCUCUAAGCGCCAAUCUUAUUCAAGAGGCUCAGUUGAAGACCCCCUGCUACGGCGGUCAUUGUCUGUUGCAUCGUACGCACAAAACUGGACAGGCGAAAGUAUAACAAGCCAGAAAGUCCACAUCAUCUCAGAAGAUCUUACCAUUGUGAUUGCGGGGUUUUCGACAAGCAUCACUGGUCUUGUACUCUAUUACAUAUUGUGUGCAUUGUCGUUCGGGUUCGCUUACCUGCUCUUUCGAUGGUUUCCCAAAUGGCGCGUUCGCCUGUUAGGUAAACCAGCCCCUCUUUGUGCUUGUAAAUGGGUUGUGAUUGAGGAUCAAUGGAAUCGAUUUCAAGUACAACAAGUCGACAGUCAAGAUUAUGGGCGCCCCUUGUCUACGAUUUUCGCCGAUCCUGACUGCCAUUCAUACGACGAAGAUAAUGACCCCACCAUUGCCCAAUUGAAACGCAUCGAUUACAGAUAUCUUCGCUUCUUUUAUAAUCCGCUCGAGGAUAAAUUCUGCCUGGUGAAUGGGUGGAAAGAUCCCCUAUGGACAAAUGUGAAAGGAAUGAGACUCGGGCUGGAUGCCGAUGAUCGUGACGAUCGCGAACAAAUAUUCGGGAAAAAUCUCAUUGACAUUCAGCAGAAGCCUGCGUUUCAACUGCUUAUGGAUGAGGCUUUUCACCCAUUCUAUAUCUUCCAGCUGGCAAGCCUUGUACUUUGGUCGCUCGAUGAAUAUUACUAUUAUGCUGUAUGCAUAUUUCUCAUUUCACUCAUCAGCAUUGGUGCUACUGUCAUUGAAACAAAAGCGACAAUGAAUCGUUUAAGAGAGCUAUCACUAUUUGAAUGCGACACCCGUGUUCUUCGCAAUGGAUUCUGGAGAUCUAUUCCAUCCCGAGAGCUUGUCCCCGGCGAUGUCUACGAAUUCUCGGAUCCGUCCCUCACGCAAGUUCCUUGUGACUGUAUACUGUUGUCUGGUGACUGCAUAGUCAACGAAAGCAUGCUGACAGGUGAAUCUGUCCCAGUCACCAAACUUCCUCUUACGGAUGAUGCACUGAAGUAUCUAAACCUAACUGGCCCUUCUAUCAAUCCCAACCUUGCAAAGCACUUUCUUUUUAGUGGUACGAAGGUAAUAAGGGCACGGCGCCCACAGAAUGUUGAUGAUGAUGAAGCUAUAGCAUUAGCAGUUGUUGUGAGGACUGGGUUUCUCACAACUAAAGGCGCCCUUAUCCGGUCAAUGCUCUUUCCUAAGCCCUCGGGCUUCAAGUUUUAUCGGGAUUCAUUCCGGUAUAUCUCAGUUAUGGGUAUCAUCGCUAUUCUAGGGUUCAUUGCUUCUUUUGUGAACUUCAUCCGCUUAGGACUUCCUUGGCAAUUUAUUAUUGUCCGAGCACUGGAUCUGAUCACAAUCGUCGUGCCUCCAGCGCUACCUGCUACAUUGAGUAUAGGAACGAAUUUUGCUCUUUCAAGACUGAAGAAUCAUAAGAUAUUCUGCAUCAGUCCACAGAGGGUCAAUGUGGGCGGAAAGCUAGAUAUAAUCUGUUUUGAUAAAACUGGAACCCUCACUGAGGACGGACUAGACGUACUCGGGAUUCGGGUCGCCGACAAAAAUGAGAGCUUCUCCGGAUUGAUUUCUACCAUUUAUUUCGACACCGCACCCCUGGCGGACAGAACUACUAUACAGAGGGACACUCGUCACGAUAAUAUCCUCUACACCAUGGCAACAUGCCACUCUCUGAGAGUGGUUGAUGGUGAAUUAUUGGGUGAUCCUCUCGAUGUCAAAAUGUUUCAGUUCACUGGAUGGUCUUUUAUAGAGGGAGGAAGUCAUGUUGAGCAGUCAGACUCUGAGAGAAUCAUGCCAUCUAUCGCAAAACCUCCAGAGCCCACUGACACCCUUGCUGGUUCCCACCAGGAGCAGGGCCCACAUGCACAUGUAGAGCUGGGCAUAUUGCGCAACUUUGAAUUCGUCUCAGAGCUGCGUCGUGCAAGUGUUAUUGUACGCCGAUUUGGUGAUUCUGGAGCAAGCACUUUCGUAAAAGGUGCUCCAGAAAGUGUUAAGGCUAUAUGUCGCCCAGGAAGCUUGCCCCGUGAUUAUGACGAGCUUUUGAGCUACUAUACACAUAAAGGCUAUCGCGUUAUUGCCUGUGCUGCCAAGCAUGCGCCAAAGCUAAGCUGGAUGAAGAUUCAGAAAAUGACUCGCAUACGCAACGUCAUGUGUACAGGUGAUAACAUACUCACGGCAGUUAGUGUAGCUCGUGAGUGCGGGUUGGUCAGUAGCAAUGAACAUUGUUUUGUUCCUCAUUUUUCGCAAGGGCAUGGACAUGAUACGGGUGCUUCGCUUUGUUGGGAAAGCGUCGAUGACCCAGCAAUCAGGCUCGACUCGACUACACUUAUGCCCCAUGUAAACGCAGCAAGCAUUGACCUUUCGGUGCCUGGCAAUGUUUCCAACCUAAAUAAUUACUCUCUUGCUGUCAGUGGCGAAGUUUUCCGAUGGGCAAUUGACUUCGGCAGCGAAACAAUUCUGAACAGAAUGCUCGUGCGUGGCAGCGUAUUCGCAAGAAUGUCGCCAGAUGAGAAGCAUGAACUGGUUGAAAAGCUGCAGUCCCUCGACUACUGUUGUGGAUUCUGUGGCGACGGCGCGAACGAUUGCGGCGCGUUGAAAGCUGCUGACGUUGGUAUAUCAUUAUCCGAUGCUGAAGCCUCUGUUGCUGCCCCGUUCACCAGUCGCCAAUUCGAUAUCUCAUGUGUACCCACGCUUAUUAGGGAAGGAAGAGGUGCCUUGGUUACCAGCUUCUGUUGCUUCAAGUACAUGAGUCUUUACUCGGCCAUACAGUUUGCGACUGUGAGCCUGUUGUAUGCGUCAGCGUCAAAUCUUGGUGAUUUCCAGUUCCUCUUCAUUGAUCUUUUUCUGAUCCUACCGAUUGCGAUCUUUAUGGGAUGGACUGACCCCCAUCCUAUACUUUCUCGCAAGCGGCCUACCGCCGACCUCGUCUCACGCAAAGUUCUGAUUCCAUUGCUCGGUCAGAUUACCCUUUGUGUAGCUACGCAGCUUGUGGCAUACAAAUAUGUCCAGCUGCAACCCUGGUACGCGUUCAACCCUCCCCGCGCGGGCUUAGAGGAUAACAUUGAGAAUUCUGCAAAUACUGUACUUUUCCUGGUCUCUAGCUUCCAAUACAUAUUGUCGAGCGUCGUGCUCAGCGCCGGACCGCCAUUUCGCAAGCCGAUGAUUUCAAACAAACCAUACCUGAUCAUGGUCCUAAUGACUCUACUCUUUUCAUGCUACAUGCUUUUCAGACCGACUCAGUGGCUCAGACGUGUCAUGCAAUUGACGUCUCUCCCAGACUACUUUGCUUGGCAGUUGCUCGCAGUUGUUAGCGGAAGCUUCCUAAUUGCUUGGACGGCAGAAAGAAGAAUUUUUCCCAACCUUGCUCGCAAGGUGGGGAAGUUACGUCAAAAACUACGACCAGGUCAGUCGAAGAAACGCCGUCGAUACAAGAUGCUACUCGAGGAAAUGCGAAAUUAG